AUGCCGCUUUCUCUUACCAAAGGCAAACCUAAUUGGGUUUCAUUUUGUUCUUAUCUUAUAUAAUAAUACUUACCUCUCUUUCUCUCUCUCUCUCUCUCUUUCCAUAUAUAGCAGUAGAGCCAAAGCUUAAAGCUUUUAUCAUAUUCAUUUUUGGAUUUUGAGAUCAAAUGGAAGAAAUUGAAGUACCAAAAUAUUUCAUGUGUCCUAUAUCGCUUCAGAUAAUGAGAGACCCAGUUACGACAAUCACAGGCAUAACAUACGACAGAGAAAGCAUUGAGAAGUGGCUCUCAACGACAUUAGUUAUUACUUCAUCAUCAUCAAACGACACGAUUACGUGUCCAGUUACGAAGCUACCUUUGCCGAGAGAUUCUGAUCUCACACCCAACCACACCCUUCGACGCCUCAUCCAAGCUUGGUGCACCAUAAACGCCUGCAACGGAGUGGAUCGGAUUCCCACCCCGACACCGCUUUUAGACAAGAGGCAAGUUCUUAAGCUUUUGAGAGAAUUAGUUGGGGCUAACAAUAACAAGUUUAUCAUAACAUUGAAGAAAAUAGUAGCUCUUGCCGAGCAGAAUGAGAGGAACAGGAGGCUCAUGGUGGAAGGUGGUGUAAACAAAGCCAUGGCUUUAUUUCUUAUUAGGUGUUUUAAAGAAGGAAAUAAUGUGGUUGGAAUUGAAGAAGCUCUUCGUAUUCUACGUCUCGUUUGGACUCCUAAUGAUGAAGUUAAGGCCUUUGUGAACGAAAACAGUGAUUUUGUUGAUUCUUUGGCUUGGAUUUUAAGCUGUAGCAGUGAAAAAGAUAUGAGAUUUGAGGUCAUUUCUGUGCUUAAAAUGGCGAUUGAAGUUGCGAAUUCGAGUCGAAUGGAGCGGUUAAGGCUUGAAAUGUUCAUGAACAUAACGAAAAAAGUGUUGGGUGACAGAAGUGUUUCACAUCAAACAAUUAAAUCAGCUCUCCAUGUGCUGAUUGAAGCCUGUCCUUGGGGAAGAAACAGGAUGAAGAUAAUUGAUUCGGGGGCGGUUUUUGAGUUGAUUGAACUCGAGUUAACGAAACCAGAAAGGCACACAACCGAGAUGAUCAUCAACCUUUUGGCGCACUUGUGCUCUUGCGCCGAUGGGAGAGCGAAGCUCCUCCAGCACGCCUGCGGCAUAGCAAUGGUGUCGAAAAAGAUUCUUAGGGUUUCGGAGGCAACCGAUGACCGAGCGAUUCACAUUCUUUCUUUGAUUGCUAAGUUUUCAGCAACGAAUGAAGUGAUUAUAGAGAUGUUAAGGGUUGGGGCUGUGACGAAGCUUUGCAUGGUAAUGCAAGCAGAUUGUGCUCCUUACUUGAAGGAAAAGGCUACAAGUAUACUAAGGUUGCACUCUAAAGUGUGGAAUGAUUCGCCUUGUAUUGCUGUGUAUUUGCUAUCUAGGCAUCCUCGGUAUUAAUAUAAUUUAACAUUAAUUUACUAUAAUUUUUGGACCUGAUUGUACAGUUCUUAUUGUAAAUUUUUCAAUUAAUGAUAGAUUAUAUAUAUAUUCUAGAGGUUCUAUAAUUUUUUCAAGUAGAAAUUAAUCAAAGGCUUGUUUAAAUUUUGAAUGUUAUGUUUCAAAUUAAUGGAGAAAGCAUAA